UUAUCAAUAUUUACAUUAUCUACACGUCGCAUCAAAAGGAAUCUUUCCACAAGCUUAUUUGCGGCUUCUCGUUCGGAAUUUUGAAAUCACAAUUCACCAUGACGAGAAAAAUAUCAAUCUUACUGGUCUGCUGCUUCAUUCUGGCUACCCAUGUUGUUGAAGCAUUUUAUUUUCCACUACAUGCGCCGGUUAGCUUUUGCACUCCGGCAGUUCAAAAAUACCACGAAGCAGAACACCGUUCACUUUGCAAGAGUGACAUUAAUAUGUUUGUCAACCGGUUAGACUCUGUGGAAACUGUCAUCCCUUAUGAUUAUGACAGAUAUGACUUCUGCCAGAGCCAGCAAGAGUACUCCCCAUCGGAGAACCUGGGUCAGGUGGUCUUUGGGGAGCGUAUCACCUCCUCACCGUAUAACUUCACCUUUGGUAAAAACAACACGUGUAAGAAGGUCUGCACUAAGAGCUACAAGGCUGGAGGUGAAGAGGCAGAAAAGGCAGAGAUGAAGCACAAGCUCAAUUUCUUGCUUCGAGGCAUUCAGCUGAACUACCAACACCACUGGAUUAUUGACAACAUGCCAGUGUCGUGGUGUUAUGAGGUACUAAUUGGCUCAAGAUAUUGCUCUCCAGGUUUUCCCAUUGGAUGUUAUGUAGAUAAAGAUGGCAACCGCAAGGACGCUUGUGUCAUUGAUGCCCAUUACGAGAGGGCACAACACUACUACGUCUUCAACCAUAUCAACAUCACCAUCUUCUACCAGCCGCUUAUUGAUGACACCAACCUUCUUGUUUCUGCCAAGCUUGAACCACUCAGUAUGAAACACAAGACACCAGAUGAGUGCGUCUUCCUUAAUAGCUUGAAUUAUGAGCCCAUGUCACUCCAAAAAUCAGACUUGAACAAAGACCUGGACAUCACGUAUUCCUACUCAGUACACUUUAUACCAAGCCCCAAUGUGUAUUGGGCAUCACGUUGGGAUUACAUCCUAGAUUCCAUGCCACACACCAACAUCCAAUGGUUCAGUAUUCUGAACUCCCUGGUUGUCAUCCUGUUCUUGUCUGGUAUGUUAUUGAUCCUGCUGAGGAAACUGUACAAGGAUAUCUCUCGUUACAAUCAACAGGAUCUGGAAAAGGCCCAGGAAGAGUCUGGCUGGAGGGUUGUCCAUGGUGAUGUGUUCAGGCCACCAAAAGGCGGAAUGCUCCUCUCCAUCUUCCUAGGAACCGGGGCCCAGAUCAUCAUUACAAGCUUCCUCACACUUGGUUUAGCUUGUCUGGGAUUAUUGUCACCUGCCAACCGUGGUUCUCUGAUGACCUGUGUCAUGGUUCUCUAUGUCCUGUUGGGAUUCAUUGCUGGAUACGUCUCCUCCAGAAUAUACAAGACAUUUGGUGGUGAGCGCUGGAAGUCCAACGUCCUCUCUACCAGUUUCCUCAUCCCAGGCAUUAUCUUCGGUAUCUUCUUCAUCCUCAAUCUCAUCUUGUGGUAUGAGCACAGCUCUGCAGCCAUCCCCUUCAGCACCUUGGUGGCCAUCUUGGCUCUCUGGUUCUUCGUCUCCACCCCCUUGGUCCUCAUCGGUGCCUACUUUGGCUUGAAGCGGCCCAUCGAGUUCCCUUUACCCACCAAUGAGAUCCCUCGUCAUAUCCCCAAACGGUCUUGCUGCACCCGCCCUCUCCCAGGUAUCAUCAUGGGUGGUAUCCUGCCCUUUGGAUGCAUCUUCGUACAACUUUUCUUCAUCCUAAAUGGCAUCUGGUCCCACCAAGUCUAUUACAUGUUUGGUUUCCUGUCCUUGGUGGCUAUUAUCUUGGUCAUCACUUGCUCUGAAGCAACCAUUAUCCUUUGCUAUUUCCAUUUACGUGCCGAGAACUAUCACUGGUGGUGGCGCUCUUUCGUGACGAGCGGUUUCACUGCCAUCUACUUCUUCAUCUACUGCAUUCACUACUUUGCCUCCAAACUGACCAUGCACGGCUGGGCCAGCACUGUCCUCUACUUUGGAUACACAAUCAUCAUGGUUAUCCUCUUCUUCCUCUUCUGUGGUACCAUGGGAUUCUUUGCUUGCUUCUUGUUUGUCACCAAGAUCUAUGGCUCACUCAACCAGAUCAAAAGUAUAUCUUCUCCGCAAGAAAUUGACAUGACACCAACCAUGGCUGGAUUUUGGUCUAGUAUGCUGGAAUACUUCAUUCUAACGACCUUGUUUCUACUCUACCACGCCAUUGCAUUUUUCGUCUAUGCCAAGGAUACAUUAAUGGCGUUAGCAUCAGAAACAGCCUCCAAGUGUUCAAAUCAGAUCUCAAAGAAGAAACAUCUGAAAAAACUGACAUCAGCAUCUCAGAAGACAUGACAAAGAAAGAACUUGAUAUCCUCUGAAAAACUUUCAAAACGCCAUCUGUAGAGGGCCAAGCCUGGACAAGUGACGGAAGAGGUAUCGCCUUACUUAAAGCAACAGACAGAAAACAUAACACGAAACUCAUCUCCUGUGAACGAGACCUCCUGAACCUUGCGAAACCCAAACCCAGUUCCGCAGACUAAAACCACAACAAAAUAAAUGAGCAAAUUUGUCCUGAAAUAUUGAAUGUGAGUUUUUAAAAAAGUAAAAUAUUUUUAAAUUUGAUGUUGCUGUAUCAGGUAAUGUAUUCCAUUAUUAUCUGGGAAGUUACAACCAGAAAAUUGAUGCUGCUCUUCAAUUGGUUGUGUUAUGAAACUUGGAUGAUUCCAUUUAGAUUAUUUAGAAUAUUGGUCUUUCAAUUUGGCAUGUUUUCUCUUAAUUUUGUACUUAAGGUGACGUGUUUAAUGCUCUAUAUGUUUUGUUUUUCUGUACCUAUCUUCUCUUUGACCAAGCAAUGUUUUUUUUAUUUAUGUUACCAAGCAAUGUUUUUUAUAAUUAUCAUUGUGCUCAAGAUGUCCUCAUAUGCUAUCACAUCUAUACUCUGCAUAUUCUAUUUAAAGUACUCACAUUAUAAUGAAUAGUAAUCUAAACCAGUUUUUGAUAGGUGAACUUUGUGGAACCAACAUAUUCACAAGACUUAUUAUCUGCACUGCAUGAAAAAUUGCAGAGAUUGCAAAAAUGGUGAUGAAAUAGGUUAGUUAUUAGAAAUGCUAAAUCAUAAGUUUAAAUAUUAGCUUUUUCAAAUCUUGGUGAGAUAUAGAAAAUAAUUCUGAAGUUAUUUUUAAUGAUAACUAAUUUACAGGAUGAAAACGAAAUGAUAGGAAAGGUGGAGGAGUAGGUCUUUGUUUACAUAAUCAACUUGAAUUUAAAGUAAGGCUAGAUUUAAAUGUAUUAUACCUCAAACUAGAUAGAAUUUGAUUAUUGGUGUGUUGUAUAGGCCACCUAGUAUUAAAAAGUGUUGAUGAUGUUAAUGUUGUGUUUAAAAUAUUUAAGAAAUGGUUAAUGACGAAAAGAAAGAGUGCAUAUUUUUGGGAGACCUAAACAUUGAUCUCAAGAAGAUUGACUCUUGUACAUAUGUAAAUGAAUUUUUAGAAAUAUUUUCAAUCUUUCUUUUCACCAACACGAAUUACAGACACUACUGAAUCAUAAAUUGUCCAUAUUUUUGUGAACAAGAAUUGUGAACUACGCUAUGGUUCAGUAAUUGCUGUUCUAUCUGAUCAUUUUCACUGUGUGAUUAUUCUUUUCCUUUUUAAUUAAUGAAACAAAUCUGAAUAAUUUUGAUUAAUUAAGAACAAUUAAGAUCCAGACAAUCUUUAUGAUCAACUUAUGGAGUCUCUUACUGAAAUAUAUGAAGACUGUUUUCUAAUGAAAAUAAUCCUGGGUAUACAAAGGAGCUGAAAAAAAAAUGUAUAGAAAAGAGAACAGAUUAUAUAUUAAAUUUGUUAAACAUCCUACAAUUAUAGACAUUCUGCUUAUAAAUAUGUUAAUGCAGUAAAGUCGGCGAAAAAAAAUAUCUCUCAAAUGAAU